GUGAAGCGAUAGUUUAAUUUAGUUCUUGUGUACAAUGUUGGGAUAGCUAGGAAAUUAAUUCAUUAGUUGAACAUAAAGUAUUUGAUUUUAGUUCCCUAACUUGUUCGGUGCAAGUUAUUUUGCAAACAUAAGGUGUUUGUUCACCGUUUGCCUACGAUUUGUGUUUGUACGUUAAAGUGAUUGUUUUGUUGUAGCUAGCUACUUUACCUUGCGAGUUAAUAUCUAAGUUGAACUAUCUCGCAUUGUAGGUUCCAUUGCCCAGUUGUAAUCGUCCCAUUGAAGCCCGAGCCGAGAUGUUUGGUCCCAAACCGACACUACAGGACCGCCAGCACCUUUACCAGCUGAUCAUCGGCCAGCUGUUGAAUGAAUGUUACACCAACGUGUCUAACAGCCUGAUCCCAGAGGUCAAGACAUAUUCCCACGCAUCAUUCAUUUGAUGUUUUAUUUAGAACGAUGAUGGUGCAGUCAGGUGGUCCGACACAUCGACCUGGAGUUUCAGCGCCGACGCCCAGAGCCUCCUGAGGCGUCUUGAGUACGAUACUCGCUGUGUGACAUCCCAUAAAGGUCCCUGUCGUGUCGCCACAUAUAGCCGAGACGGGCAACCCAUCGCUACGAGCUCGGCAGACGCCUCCAUCAAAUUCUCUGGACGCAGAACGUAUGCUGGCCAAGAGUGCCAUGCCCACAGAGAUGAUGAUGAGACGGCCCAGCAGAACACGGAGAACCCGCCUGUGAUCAGAACACCGCAUGACCAUGUUUACGAGCUCACGUCUGGCAUUCCACCCCACCGAACAGAUUCUGGCGUCGGGGGUCACGUGACUACAUCCUCAAACUGUUUGGCUACUCCAAGCACUCUGCCAAGAGGGCCGUCAAACACAUACUGGUCUGUAGGGACAGUCUGGGCCGUCAAACACAUACUGGUCUGUAGGGACAGUUAGGGCUGUCAAACACAUACUGGUCUGUAGGGACAGUCUGGGCCGUCAAACACAUACUGGUCUGUAGGGACAGUCUGGGCCGUCAAACACAUACUGGUCUGUAGGGACAGUCUGGGCCGUCAAACACAUACUGGUCUGUAGGGACAGUCUGGGCCGUCAAACACAUACUGGUCUGUAGGGACAGUCUGGGCCUUCAAACACAUACUGGUCUGUAGGGACAGUCUGGACCGUCAAACACAUACUGGUCUGUAGGGACAGUCUGGGCCGUCAAACACAUACUGGUCUGUAGGGACAGUCUGGGCCGUCAAACACAUACUGGUCUGUAGGGACAGUCUGGGCCGUCAAACACAUACUGGUCUGUAGGGACAGUCUGGGCCGUCAAACACAUACUGGUCUGUAGGGACAGUCUGGGCCUUCAAACACAUACUGGUCUGUAGGGACAGUCUGGGCCGUCAAACACAUACUGGUCUGUAGGGACAGUCUGGGCCGUCAAACACAUACUGGUCUGUAGGGACAGUCUGGGCCGUCAAACACAUACUGGUCUGUAGGGACAGUCUGGGCCGUCAAACACAUACUGGUCUGUAGGGACAGUCUGGGCCGUCAAACACAUACUGGUCUGUAGGGACAGUCUGGGCCGUCAAACACAUACUGGUCUGUAGGGACAGUCUGGGCCGUCAAACACAUACUGGUCUGUAGGGACAGUCUGGGCCGUCAAACACAUACUGGUCUGUAGGGACAGUCUGGGCCGUCAAACACAUACUGGUCUGUAAGGACAGUCUGGGCCUUCAAACACAUACUGGUCUGUAAGGACAGUCUGGGCCGUCAAACACAUGCUGGUUGAUAGGAUUAGACCUACACAGAUCUGUGUCAUGUCACUAACGGUGAUGUGUGUUUCCUCACAGGAAGCAGAGAUGCUGCGGUCCAUUUCCUUCCACCCGUCAGAUACGUUUCUGUAGACCCUGCUGGCUAAGGCCCUGUAUGAUAACAUAGCCGAGUGCAGUGAUGAGCUGGGCUUCAGGAAGGGAGACGUGGUUACAGUGCUGCAACAGGAAGUAGAAGGGAGCUGUGGUUGGUGGAUGUGCUUUCUGUCUGGACGACAGGGCCUGGCCCCAGCCAAUCGCCUGCAGCUCCUACCACUGGCCCCACCCCAGACCCCGGCUCAGACCCAGGGUGAGGUUCCUGGUGCUGGUAGUGUUGACCCAAGCAGCAGUCAUGACAGUGACUCUGAUAGACCGGGGAACCUCUACCAGAUCCCCAGCAUAUCCCGACACACCCAGUCCUCCAGCCCGGCCUACGAAUGCAUGGACCGUGCCUACAAGGCAUCUGUCAGCAGUGUGUUCUCUGGCUGUUCCAAGGGAGAGGUCUAUGAUGUCCCCAGCCUUGUCAGACGAGCCUCUCUAUUCCCUGCUUCCACAACACCGCGACAUUUGACCCAGAGGGCGUCGUUGAUGGAAACCUCUGAUCUGGAGAGACAGUUUGACACCCGGAGCAGUAGGAGGCGCUGCAGCCCCAGUCCCAGCCUGGACUAUGUGUAUGCUGCUCCUCCCACGGUGGUCCCAGACCCCAGCUAUGACAUCCCUAUCCCCUCCUCCGUCCCCCCCUCCAUCCCUCCGGCCUCAGUCAUCCAGCAGAGGCUAGUGGCCGGAGGCUACAAUACCUCACCCAGCCCCCAGAGACAGCCUAGCAGUUACAGCACCCUUCCCAAACCCCGCAAGUCAGACUGGAUCUAUGAUGUACCCAGCUCUCCUGAGAAACCUGGUGGUGAGCCUGGGUACUACACCAUUCUGCCAUCUGGUGGCCAACCUGGAUAUUACACACACCUGCCAUUUGGUGGCCAGCCUGGGUACUACACCACCCUGCCCUCCAAGGCCCUGAGCUCUGACAGGCAGCUCCACGACACUCUGACAGACCGUAACUGCUCUGCUCAGUCCUUCUAUGACAUCCCCAAACCUAGAUCCCCUCCCCAGGGGUCCAAGGACCCCCCCAACCCCCCCAGGGUCCUCCCCAGGCCUCCUCUCUACGACAGACCCCCAGGGCAGAUGCAGAUGGACAAGGAGCACUGUGUGUACGCUGUCCCCCCUCGGGAGCAGCUCUCAGUCUUCGUCCCCCACAGAGGACACCAUGUCCCGUUGGAGUGUCGGGGGGACUCUGGUCCUACCUACGACCACCCCAACCCCCAGGGCAGGCUGCAGAGGGGCCGUCUGGGGCUAGUGGCUGGUGCUCUGGGAGCCAGGCCUGGUAGGGGAGACACUCUGUUACAGGAAGAGGAUGAAGAGAGCGGUAGAACGACAAAGUCAACAUCAGACAAACAGAGGAUCAGCACAGCCUCCACGUCCUCCACCUCCUCCUCUUGCGACUCCCUGGCGCUGUGCUCCUCUUCCUCCCCGGAGCCGCAGCAGGAGGUGUGUCUGAGCCAGGAGGAGGCGUGUCGCAGGCUGCUCAUCCUACAGCAGGAGGUGUGCAGGGAGGUGCCGCGACUCAUGGAAUUCGUCUCCUCUAGCUGGAGGAGCAGGGAUCACCUGGAAAAGCACCUCACGGAGAUCAGGUCUGCAGCAGAGGGUGUGGCGGGGUCGGUGAUCUCCUUUCUGACCUUUGCCCUGGAUGUGAAAGGUAACGCCCGGCGCCUGACCGACUCCAACCUGCAGGCGCGUCUCCAGCGCCAGCUCUCCGUGUUGGAGGACUCCGGCCUCAUCUUGCAGCAGGCCGUCAGCUCCCUGGGCGUCGCCGGCUGGCCCCUCCAUUUGCUGGCCCAGGAUCCCGCCCAGAACCACACCCCGGACCAGCUAGACAGCCUCGUCAGGGUAACCAGGACCAUCCCUGAAGAUGUCAAGAGAAUGGUAUCCAUCGUCAAUGCCAACGCCAAGCUGCUGUUCCGGCCCAGUACCAGUACCACCAAUAAUACCAGUAUCUCUACCAGUCAGUUUAUGAAGAAGAGAACAGAGCAGGGAGAAGACUCAGGAAAAGAUCAUCAUGACAAUGUCCAGAUACAGGAGGACCAGAAGCGUUUUGAGUCUGAGCCCCAGGUCUGUGUGGAUGGCCCUAGGAGAUCUUCAGAAUCCCUGUCCCCGAGGAAGCCCUUCAUCUCUGACUCUGGUGACACCCCCAGGAGGACCUCUGAGCCCCAGGUCUCCCUGUUUGCUAGGAUGGCCUCUCAGUCUGAGCCCCAGGUCUACCUGUCUGCUAGGAUGGCCUCUCAGUCUGAGCCCCAGGUUUCCCUGUCUGCUAGGAUGGCCUCUCAGUCUGAGCCCCAGGUCUCCCUGUCUGCUAGGAUGGCCUCUCAGUCUGAGCCCCAGGUCUCCCUGUCUGCUAGGAUGGCCUCUCAGUCUGAGUCCCAUGUCUCCCUGUCUGCUAGGAUGGCCUCUCAGUCUGAGCCCCAGGUCUCUGAUGUUCCUAGCCCUGGGAAGUCCUUUAACUCCCAGGUAGACAGCCCUAAGAGACAGCCCACCCUGUCAGAACAUUGCCGGCUAUACUUCGGGGCGCUGCAGAAGGCAAUUUGUGUGUUCAUAACCAGCCUGGACAGCCAGACCCCGGAGAAGUUCAUCUCCCACAGCAAGCUGAUCAUCAUGGUAGGCCAGCGACUGGUGGACACGCUGUACCGAGAGGCCCAGAAAGGAGAGGCCCAGAGAAGGGAGCCCGGGUCAGUGUCAGGGUUGGGGCCCAGCCAGAGCCAGAACCAGGUUCUGCUGUGUAAGUGCAACCACAUGUGUGCCCUGUUAAAACAGCUGGCUGUAGCCACCAAGAAGGCAGCUCUGCAUUACCCUGAGAGACAGGCUCUGCAGGAGGCCCAGUACUUUGCCAAGGAGCUGGCUCAGAGAGCACAGCACUUCAGGAUCUCCCUGGACCUCUGAGAGAGACAGACUCUGCAUUACCCUGAGAGACAGGCUCUGCAGGAGGCACAGGACUUCAGGAUCUCCCUGGACCUCUGAGAGAGACAGACUUUUAUCUUAAGGACGCAACAGACAGUGCCGACGAACAGUGAACAGCUGUCCUAUCCCCUCUGACCACAGAACGUCGCCAUAACGUUGAAUCGGCACCGUUCAUCAGCACGCAGCAGGUGCUCCACAGCUCACAUGUUUGGGUCUGUAUUUUCCUAGUCAUUGGAGCUCCAAAAGCCAAUUUAUGUUUGAUCCGUGAAUGUGGUCGGAGGCGCAGUAUGGAUGGUGUGAUGCAAUUGCGGAGCCUCCGGAAGCAGAGGCCAAAUGGAGCGCCGUACUCCAACAUUUUUUUUUUUGUAACAAUGUGGAGGGCUCCGUAUAGCACAGCAUUGACGUGAUUGGUUGACGGUAGUACAUCCUUUAUAAACACAAACUUGACAACAGCUCUGCUCAACUGCUCCGCGAAGCGCAAGGAGUAUGAAUGCCCUGACUUCUGCAGAGAUCGUAUCCUCCUAAACGGUUCACGGGCCAACGCAGACGUCGGAUUGGCCACGCAGAGCCUUUAAGGGAGACUGGCCAACUAAAAUGUUCCCAGAGGACCUGCGGACUAAUAAAAAACUAAAUUGCACAUUUAAGAUGGAAUUUCAUGAAGCCAAAAUCUAAAAUGUAUUUACCAAGACAUUGUAUGUAAUCAUAUGUGACAUAGGGAUAUGUUAUUACUUGUAUAGCUGACUUUGAUAUCAAUGGCCUGAAUACUGUAGUAGAAUAUUUUGACUGUAUUCUGUUUCUAUACGAACCCAGUUAACCUAUAGCCUUCUACUACUGUAUGUACAUAGCCUUCUCAAAAUACAAUUUAGUACAUUCCUAAUUUUAAAAUAUGAUUAAAAGGAUUAAAUAGUUGGAAAGAAUAAAAACAAGUUCACAGAUUAAUGAGAUAAAAAAAAAUGAAUAAUUAAAAACAUUUAUUUUUGCUUCAA